UUGAUGCUUCGCAGUCAUAGACAACAUGGCAGCGUCCAGUGUUUUUAAAGCAGGUCUUUUCAAUCACAAAGUCGCAGUCGUGACGGGUGGCGGCACUGGCAUUGGAAAAGCCAUCACUUCUGAGCUCUUACAGUUAGGAUGCAGUGUGGUCAUAUCGUCCAGGAAGCUGGAGCGUCUGAAGUCAGCAGCGGAAGAGCUGACACUGAAAAUCCCUCCAUCCAGUCCAGCUAAAGUCACCCCUAUAGAGUGCAACAUCCGCAAUGAAGACGAGGUGAAGAAUCUGAUGGCCUCCACACUGAAACUUCACGGGAGGAUCGACUUUUUGGUGAAUAAUGGAGGUGGCCAGUUUUCCAGUCCGGCAAACAUGAUGAGUGCAAAAGGCUGGAAAGCUGUGAUCGACACCAACCUCAACGGAACGUUCUUAUGCUGCAGAGAAGCAUACAAUGCCUGGAUGAAGGAUCAUGGAGGUGUAAUCGUGAACAUCAUUGCUGACAUGUGGAAGGGCUUUCCCGGAAUGGCGCACACUGGAGCAGCUCGAGCAGCAGUGGACAACCUGACCAAGAGUCUGGCCAUAGAGUGGGCUCACAGUGGGGUCCGCAUCAACUCUGUGGCGCCGGGAACAAUCAUCUCCAAAACUGCAAUGGAAAACUACAAAGAAUAUGGGCCUGCUUUGUUUAAGAUGUCAGUGCCAUUCAGUCCUGCUAAAAGACUCGGUGUUCCUGAGGAGAUAUCUCCGGCUGUGUGUUUCCUGCUGUCUCCGGCUGCCAACUUUAUUACUGGAGCAACCCUGAAGGUGGAUGCAGGACAGAGCCUUUACCACUCCAUCUGGGAAAUUCCAGAACACGAUGCCUGGCCUGAAGCUCCAGAGGGAGAAAAUACAGACGUGCUGAGAGAAAUCAUGGACAAGACUAAAUCCAAGCUGUGAAUCAGAGCAAAACAAGUCUAGACUGUCAAAACAGCUGCUCUUCAUCAGUGUGGGUGGAAGACAAAUGCUUUUGCUAGGAAUUGUAACACGUCUCGACUGUGGCCUUUGGAGUGAAUCUCACUGAAUAUUUUAUUGCGAAAUUGAACUCUAAUAGUUCUUCAGGAACUGUGUAAAUAUGUGUAACAAUAUGGUAUUGUGAAUAUAGCAAUUGUGAUUUUAAUGUUUCAAAAAAUAACUUAUCAGCCAUCAUUGAUUACAAAUAUGUAAUGUAUUAAACAAAAAAAAAAAACAUUUUCUGUUGUCACAACUUUUAAA